CGCGUAUAGUGAGCAGCAUUCGUCUCUUCUUUGCCCUUCACGAUAAUGCCGGCCAACAAAGAGUACGACAUCAUCUUCGCUGGAGCUGGAACUGCUGCCUGUGUCGCGGCUGGGCGCCUUGCUGCCGCUGACCCUACGCUCAGGAUCUUGCUCCUCGAAGCAGGCCCGCACACACUUGGCCUCGCCGCACACAUCGAACCCUACCGUUUCGUCACGCACCUCGUACCCGAAAGUCUGACAGUCACUCCCUACGCCUCCACUCCAUCACCCGCCGUAGGCGGCAGGUCUAUCAUCGUGCCUGCCGGACACUGCGUUGGUGGCGGGAGCUCGGUCAACUUUAUGAUGUAUACACGCGCUGCCGCGUCUGACUACAACGAUUGGGGUGCCCCGGGGUGGACUGCUGACGAGCUACUGCCGCUCUUGAAGAAGACAGAAACCUACCAAGAAGAGCCCAACCAGCCAACACACGGGUACAGCGGUCCCCUCAAAGUGUCCUACGGUGGCCAAUUUAUGCAGAUCUCGAAAGACUUCCUCGACGUGGCGGCUGUUUACGAUAAGGAGCGCAAGGCGUCCGCUGAUAUUAACACCCUAUAUGAGUGCGAUGGGUAUGGGCGAUGGCCGAAGUGGAUCGACAAGGAGACCGGAAAACGCUCGGACCCCGCGCAUCACUAUAUCUACAACAAAGUCGCGAACACGAAUCUGCAGGUUGUAGCCGGUGCGCGGGUAGUACGAGUGUUGUUUGAAGAAGACCGCGCUCGCGGCGUCGAGUUUGUGACAGAGAACAAGCCUGACUCUCCCGUCAACUCCGUCUACGCAUCCCGCCUCGUCGUUCUGUCCGCAGGCAGCUUCGGGUCGCCGGCGAUCCUGGAGCGGUCCGGAAUAGGGAGCGCAAUGCUCUUGGAGAAGCUAGGCGUGCCAGUGAAGGUGAACCUACCCGGGGUUGGGGAGAAUUAUCAGGAUCACCAUCUCAUGCACGUCACCUAUCACGCGUCGGACGAGACGGAGACAUUGGACGACCUUCUCCUCGGCGAGCCCGAGGAAAUCGCGUACUGGCAGAAGAUGUAUGCUGAGGGGAAGGGGUUGAUGGCGCACAAUGGCAUCGACGCCGGAAUCAAGAUCCGGCCCACUGCCGCCGAGCGUGCGACUAUGGGUCCCGCCUUUGCAGUGUACUGGGACGAGUUCUUCGAGCGCGCGCCAGACAAGCCGCUGCUGGCGAUCUCGUGCUCGGCGAGUCCGGUGCUUCGCACGGACCCUUCAUUAGGGCCCAAGUGUAAGGUGUUCAAGAUACUGUACUAUACGCUCUACCCUAAAUCCGUUGGACACACUCACAUCUCAAGCGCUACUGAUGCGCAUGCGCCACCGGUUUUCGAGUCGGGGUACUUGGAGGACUCCGGCGCCGACGUCGCCGCCCUCGUGUGGGGCUACAGGCGUUCCCGCGAGCUAGCGCGCCGCCUUCCCGCAUACCGGGGCGAGCUGGCGUCGACGCACCCAAUCUUCGCUGCUCGAACGACCGAAGGUCCUACCGUUGGCAGCUCCGGCGUACCGCUUGUCAAGCUGGCGCACGAGGACGUUGCGACCGACGCUGACACGGAGCUGGCGAGCAACUUGGCAGCGACGCCGAUGAAGGAUCUAGGAGCGAAGUCAGCGACUCCUUCGAUGGAACACUCGGCGACGAACGCCGCGACUAGGGGCCCCUUUGCUGGUCGUGCUACGGGUCCUGUCCCCAUCGACGCCCCAGAUAUCGCGUACAGCGCGGAAGACGAGAAGGCCAUCGAGGAGUGGGCGAGGAGUUUCGUGCAAACGGCAUGGCAUUCGCUCGGCACCUGUGCCAUGAAGCCUCGCGAGGACGGCGGCGUCGUUGACGCGAGGCUCAACGUGUAUGGCGUUCAUGGUCUGAAAGUGGUUGACCUCUCUAUCGCUCCGCUCAACGUUGGCGCCAACACCUGCAGCACCGCGCUCGUGGUGGGAGAGAAGGCAGCGAUGAUCAUCGCGGAGGACCUUGGAAUUAAGGGCGUAUAACAGAGAUAUUCACUGGCUUGGUGGUUUGGUACACGAUUGUAGUGCUAUGCUCGAGGCGGCGUUGACGCAUUACGUGACUGUCACGGUUGAUUUCCCAAAGCACGUGCAUUGUUGACUGCCGGCA